CAGUGUGUGUGUGUUCACUAUAUAACCCACACAGGCAGGGCGGUGCUACCCUGCAGUGGAGCUCGAGUGUCCGAGAGAUCUAGAAGCAGCAGCUGAACAAAGAGAGAGAAAAAAGAGGGAGAGGUGGAAGACUGAUCUUUCGUUUUCUGCCUGUGAUUAAAAGACACUGCCUCCACAGCCACCCCACCAACUCCAGUCAUGGCCAGGAAUCUACUGAAGAACCCAGCUGGGGAAGAGCAGAUGGAAUUCUGGGAGCUGACAGAGAAUGGCGGAAGCCAAUGGCAGGUGGAAGAGAUGCCGGGAGACUGUGGCUACAACUUCGGUGAUGAUGGAGUGACCAAAUACUUCAGCACCUCCUUUGAGCUCUGUCUGAAGAGGCAGGUGGUUGACCUAGUGGCAGAGGGCUACGCUCCUGAUGACCUCGCUGCCCAGCCAGCUGUCAGUGUGGAAGACUGGUACAGUGGGAGGACAGACUGUGGGUGCACCUACCAGUUGACAGUGUGUCUGUUGGAUGAGAAUGAGGAAAUUCUUCAGGAAUUUAAACCAGAAUCAGUCACUCUGGACCCAGAUUGUGAUGACUGCUCCUGGAAACAGGUGAACCACACUUUCAAUGAUUACGGUCCUGGCCUGCGCUUCAUCUCGUUUGAACAUGGAGGACAGGACACCAAGUACUGGGACGGCUGGUUUGGAGUUCGAGUCACUGGGAGCUCUGUUAUUGUAGAGACCUGAGAAGGGAAGAGGGUGGCAGGUAUGGAAAGGAGGAGCGAGGGAAAUUGAGGACAAAAAGGAGGAUUUUAGAGGACCAGCAAUGCCCUGUGCACCAUCCUUACAUAGCAGUAAAUACAAAGUCAAGCAUAAAAAUGUAUGCCUAAGAUACAGUAGUAUCCACUCAAUAGCUGCUUCAGAAACGUAUGGCAUGAGCAAGACCUGCAAGCUUGGACCCUUAGUGCUCGAUAACACUGUGGAAACCAUUAUAGUAUACAGAUGAAAUAUUUUCCCAGUGGAGCUUUAUAAACAGUUAUGAAUGAGUUAUAAAUGACUAACACUAAAUGAGAUUGAGUGAGGGUCUACUAACUGCUACCUAUGGACAGAUGGUUUGUUCUGGUGGUUUAUUUUUUCUAGGUUAAGUGGUGUAAGGGUUCAUUGCAGAGUGAUCAUACAUACAGAGGUUGUAACCAAUGAUUAGAAUGGCUGUAACACCUCAGAUUAGGAGUGUAACAUAUGCAUUAUUUUGAUCCGAACUGUAUCAAAAUCACACUAACCAGGUUCACUUUUCAGGUUAUUCACAAUGCAAAUGAGAGCCAAAUAAAGUAAAUCAAGGAUU